UUCAACACCUAAAAUUCUUCUAAUUACCCUUUCAACUACCCAAAUCCCAACAACUAUCAUUUUCAAAAUCAAUCCCCCAACCAACCCCAACAUAUACCAAAUUAUGGUUAUCCACCAAAUUUUUUCAUGCCCUCAGCUGUUCCAAACUAUCGUCCAUAUCAUGGAUCGAUGAUGUCUUAUCCAUCUCAAGCACCCCCUUAUUCUUCUACUCCAACGGUAAUGAAACUGAUUCGAAUGUUGGAGCAACUGAUUUUCCCGAGUUUUCUACACAAAUGGCUCUUGGUGGUAUUAGCGGUAUUCAUGAAGCCAUUCCAGAUGCAGAGGAUUCAACUCCUGCUCGUCGGAGAAGUCCCAAAUGGACCACUGAGCAAAAUUUGGUUCUACUGAGUGGGUGGAUUAAAUUUGGAACAGACAGCAUUAUUGGCAAAAACCAAAAAGGUGAGUCAUACUGGGGUAAAAUUGCUGAAUAUUGUAAUGAACAUUGCUCAUUUGAUCCUCCGCGUGAUGCAGAAGCAUGCAGAAAUCACUAUAACUACGUGAACAAAAGCGUGAACAAAUGGGUUGGCGCUUAUGAUAACGCUAAACGUAUGCAACAAAGCGGGUGGUCGGAGGAUGAUGUAUUGGCGAAAGCGCAUGAAUUAUAUUCAAGUGCUGGUAAAGGAAGUUUCAAAUAUAUAAAAGAAUGGCUUGCUAUACGUGAUCAACCACGUUAUGGUAGUCAGGUAGGAGGAAAUACUGGUUCUGGAAGCAGUGGAUCUAAAAGAGCCCAUGAGAGUGAUGCUAGUGACUCAAACUCUGUAGGAUCUAGUGCUCGUCCAAUGGGAAGAGAUGCUGCUAAGAAAAAGGCUAAAAAGAAAGGUAAAGGCGCAGCCUUGGAAGUGGUCAACGAAGAGUGGAAUGAAUUUAAACAAUUCAAGGCACAAGAGUUGGAUCGGUUGGACAAAAUAGCUAUGAUGCAAAAUGAGGCAAACCAAUUGAUUAAAGAAAAGACUGAGGCUAAAAAGAUGAAGACUGAGGCUAAAAAGAUGAAGAUGUUUAUCAAGCUAACUGAAAAGGAGAGUCUCGAUGACAAGAGCAAAGAGCUGUUGCAGAAAUUAAGCCCUUACAAGAGGCAGUCCGAAAUUGAAGAGAGGUAUAUCAUCAACCGGUUUAGGGAGCGUCGAAACAAAAUAGAAGAAGACUAUCCACCUCAUAACAAGAGAAAAUACGUCAAAAGAGAUCAUGCAGCAGCAAAUCAAAGACUAAUCGACGACUAUUUUGCCAAUGAACCUACAUAUGACGAUGCAAUGUUUCGUCGGCGAUUCCGGAUGCGAAAACAUAUUUUCCUUCGGAUCGUUGGAGACCUAUCAAGCAGCGACAACUACUUCACCCAACGAUCUGACGCAGCCAAGAAAGAAGGUAUAUCUCCAUUAGCAAAAUGUACUACGGCCAUGCGAAUGUUAGCAUAUGGUGUAGCAGCUGAUGCGGUGGAUGAAUACAUCAAAAUUGGAGGAACUACUGCUUUAGAGUGCUUGCGAAGAUUCUGUAAAGGAAUCAUACGGCUGUAUAAGCAAGAGUAUCUCAGAGCCCCAACUCAAGAUGACCUCCAGAGAAUUUUACAUGUUAGUGAGAUGCGAGGGUUUCCAGGGAUAAUUGGGAGUAUUGAUUGCAUGCACUGGGAAUGGAAAAAUUGUCCUACAGCGUGGGUAGGUCAAUUUACUCGAGGAGAUAAGGGAACCACCACUGUUAUUCUUGAAGCAGUUGCGUCUCAUGAUCUAUGGAUCUGGCAUGCUUUUUUUGGAUGUCCGGGCACAUUGAACGAUAUUAACGUUCUAGACCGUUCACCGGUGUUUGAUGAUGUUGAACAAGGAAAUACUCCAAGAGCGAAUUUCUUCGUGAACCAACAUCCAUAUAAUAUGGCUUAUUAUCUGGCUGAUGGUAUAUAUCCUUCGUAUCCUACUUUCGUCAAAUCGAUUAGGCUACCUCAAAGUGAACCAGACAAGUUAUUUGCACAACGUCAGGAGGCGUGUCGGAAGGACAUCGAACGUGCAUUUGGAGUGUUGCAGGCUCGAUUCAAAAUCAUUCGCGAACCAGCUCGCCUGUGGAACAUAAAUGAUUUGGCUAUCAUCAUGAGGUCGUGUAUCAUAUUGCAUAAUAUGAUUGUUGAGGAUGAACGAGAUACAUAUGCUCAACAUUGGACUGAUUAUGAUCAAUCUGAGGCAAGUGGGUCGAGUACACAACAACCAUUCUCGACCGAAGUGCUACCUGUAUUUGCAAAUCAUGUGUGUGCUAGAUCCGAGUUGCGUGAUUCAAAUGUACAUCACGAAUUGCAAGCAGAUCUAGUCAAACACAUCUGGGCACAAUUUGGAAUGUUCCGUGGUGAAUAAGAUUUUCAAGUUUGUGAGUUGAGUUUAUUGUAUUAAUUAAGUUAUGAGUGUUUCCUUUACAUGUUGUGUGCUUAUUGUAUUGUAUUUUAAAUUUAUGUUCACUGUAUGUGUUUUAUUAAUGAUUAUUUCUAUUUCUCGUU